ACUUCUCCCGCGAUCAAAAAUUCGUUACAGAAAAUGUAAAUCAGAGUUUGGAUUUGUGGAUGGUUCUAGGACCCAUGUCAGCGUGAGCAACUUCUAGGAACUUUGGAAGUCUGCUUGUGCUCCGUUCGGGCUUCUGAGAGCGCCUGUGGUUCCUUUGUUCCCGUUAAGAUACCCCAAAUUCCCAUGCCAGGGCUCCGUAUCGUCAAAGCAAUGAUGUCUCUAUGAACUUCUGUCAGAAGACGAUUCUGCCGAUUGUUCCCGUGGGGCGACCGCCAGUUUAGCUGUUUAUGAUUGUCGAGCUCAUCAUGCAUCGAACGCCCUAGAGCUUUGACGCUUUGUACCUCUUGGUGCAUAUAUAUUUCCUUCCUUCGUCCUCAGAUCAACUUGAUGCACUAUGGCUAGCCCCAACAGUACUGACCCAUUGGCAGGCCUGCCUCCUGCGCCGAACCCGCUCACUCCUUUGGCAUGGCUGCCUCCAGACACCGCCUUUCAAUAUGAGAUCGAGAGGUACCUCGUAGCCUGUGUCGUUGGGGCUUGGUUAUGGGACGUCUUGAUGGCUUUAGCCAGUGACUUUAGGAUGUUCACUCGAAACAAGUUCGGCCUGUCCGACGUUGCGUACAUUUUGUCGCGGCUUCUGACCGGUGGCUUCAUCAUGAGCACAUUCCUUUUGUUGAUUGCUCCUCUGAAAGACUGCCACGCCGCCAUCAAAGUCGUCAGCUGGUUCGCCGCCUUCGCACUACCGUGCAAUUCAUUCCUUUUCUUCAUCAGAGCCAGGGGCGUUUUCUACCGAAAUCAAUUUAUCGUUUGGGGAUUUUUCGCCCUCUGGCUUACCACCUUCGCUUCGAUUACCACUCCUUUCUCUUUCGAUGCUAUUCGUCUCGGCCCUACGAAUGUGUGUAUCAACAAUAUCGUCAAGCGAUUCAGCGCGGCCAGUUUCGUCGCUAUCGCUUUCUUCGACACGUCGGUCUUCAUCGCCAUCUCACUCAAAAUUUCUUCCUACGGGAUGGCGGACGAUUUGAAAGGCCGCAUGAAAUCCUUCCUGACUGGCAAUGGCAUGGGCCACGUCUCUAAGGCGCUACUACAAACCGGACAGCUUUAUUACAUGACCACUGUCGUACUUAAUCUUGUGGCCAUGAUUCUCCUCCUCACUCCGUCGCUUCCCCUUGUUUACCAAGGGAUGAUGACUGUCCCCAACGUCGCCCUCCAGAAUGCUAUGGCCUGCCGAGUCUUCCGUCUCCUCAAGCUUGGCAUCAUCCAAGACAACCCUACCAUGCCAACGCACUCUUCCUUCGGUCGAACUGGUCACUCGACUCUACAGUUCCCGGGCACAAGGACGGACAUCAGCGAGACGUUGCAAGGAGACCGGUCGCCGGAUACGAUUGGUCUUUCGACAUUUGCGUCGAAGGGGGAUGCACGGAGUCCGAUUCGAAUCACCAUUCGCGAAGAGACAGCGACAGAUGGGAAGGAUUUGAGUCCAGCGGAUGUGAAGGAAAGAAUUUCUAGUGAAUAUGCUGUCUAAGCAGCUGGUGUUUGGAUGACCGGACGUUGGUCUUGUAGAUAUCUGUAGUUUGAAAACAAAAGUAUACCCAACGUGUACAUACUGUAGGAGAUACCCAAACCAACGGCCUCGUAGACAUAACGUCUUUAUGUGAGAAGCGAUACCAAUGGUUUAGGGUCGGUUCUUUGAAACAGCGCUCGGGUAUGAAAGGAAAUUCAUACGAUACGAUUAUUACGGUAAUGCUGUAUGGUACAUUUGUCUUCAGAAUGUCCGAAGUCCAUCC